AUGAUACAAUUUGAAGAAAAUGCAACCGGAGUAAAUAGAUUUAAAAAUAGAGGUGGUCAAUUGCUGCAAGAAGAAAAAGAACGCAAUAAACUCUCUAAAGUAAUACCUCAACUGGAAGAACAAAUGUUGAAUCUGUCUGGAGCGUUUUUGGACCGUAAAACUAAGCUGAGCGCUCGGAAAUUGCAACGUUGUGAAACAACUCUUCGCACUCCAGGUAAAUCUUGUAUGAGCCUAUUUCCACCAUCCACCAGUAAGUGUACUACAGUUACCCCAAAAACGAUUGCGUCCGCUUCCAAAAAGAAGAUAUUUGCCACGCCUACUACGGAGAAUACUGCAAAGAGGCCUAAGGCAACACCUGCGACUGUUGGUUCGAAAACGAAAGGCACGCCAAGAGUGAUUCCCAAAAUCAAGGUUACACAUCAUACUAUGUCACUGCCCAAACAGCGCAGGUCACGUUCAUUCCAGGAAACGGAAACAGAAACGGAAACGGGCCCUCAGGCAAAGUAG